AUGCUUUCCAACUCCAUCAGAAACAUGGCUCGCGCCAGAGUCGCCACUCUGACCUACCGUCCCUUGGCUCUGCGCUACAGAAUGUUGGCCACCGCCCCCGAGAUCCCUAAGACCCAAAAGGCGAUCAUCUUCACCGAACACGGCGGCCCUUUGGAAUACAAGGACAUCCCCGUGCCUAAGCCCAAGCCUAACGAAUUGUUGAUCAACGUCAAGGCCUCGGGGGUGUGCCACACUGACUUGCACGCGUGGUUGGGUGACUGGCCCAUCGACACCAAGAUUGCCACCACCGGGUCGCUUGUCGGUGGUCACGAAGGGGCUGGUGUCGUUGUUGCCAUGGGUGAAAACGUCAAGGGGUGGGAGAUCGGCGACUACGCCGGGAUCAAGUGGUUGAACGGGCUGUGUCUCUCGUGUGAAUACUGUGAAAACGGUAACGAGUCCAACUGUGACCACGCCGACUUGUCUGGUUACACCCACGACGGUUCGUUCCAGCAAUACGCCACCGCUGACGCCGUGCAAGCGGCGAGAAUCCCUAAGGACGUCGACUUGUUCAAGGUCGCCCCCAUCUUGUGUGCCGGUAUCACCGUGUACAAGGCGCUUAAGACCGCCGGCUUGAAGCCCGGCCAAUGGGUCGCCAUUUCCGGUGCCGGUGGUGGUCUCGGUUCGCUUGCCGUGCAAUACGCCAAGGCCAUGGGUCUCCGGGUCGUCGGUAUCGACGGGGGUGCCGAAAAGGAACAAGCCGCCCGCAAGCUCGGCGCCGAAGCCUUUGUCGACUUCACCAAGACCAAGGACGUCUCUGCGGCCGUCAAGGACAUCACCGGUGGUGGCCCCCACGGUGUGAUCAACGUGUCGGUUUCCGAACAAGCCAUGCAACAAUCGUUGGACUACGUCCGCAAGAAGGGUACCGUCGUCCUCGUCGGGUUACCCCCCAACGCCAAGGUCACCGCCAACGUGUUGGACACCGUCGUCAAGUCGGUGGAAAUCGUCGGUUCGUACGUCGGUAACAGAGCCGACUCCGCCGAAGCCAUCGACUUCUUCGCCCGUGGCCUCAUCGACUACCCCAUCCACAUCGCCGGGUUGUCGGAAUUGCCUGAAAUUUACAAGAAGAUGGAAAAGGGUGAGAUUGUUGGUAGAUACGUGUUGGACACCUACAAGUAA